GCCAAACGAACCCCGUCUCUCCUCGGCUCACUGACUCCCCGACCCCACCACCUCCUCCUCCCUCCUCCGGGCUCCGAGUCAGUGCGCUCCGCCUCCGCCUCGCCAGUCGCCACCACGCCGCCGCCUCCCACGCCCCACACGCCGACUCCCACAGCGCCGCGCGAUGCAGGCCCGCGUCGUCGUCUUCCCCGUCAAGGGCCGGGCCUGGUGCUUCGCCCGCCCGGCGGCGGCGGCGGCCUCGGCAGGCGCCGGCGAUGGCGCCCUCCCGCCGCCGACGCUGAGGGACCUCUGGCGCGGCAUCACCUCCAGGGGACGCACCGCGCCGGAGAAGGCCGAGUCCGUCGUCGACUUCGUCGCGGACAAGAUGAACCGGGCGUGGAUCGGGUUCGGGAGCGCGCCGGAGGGGUCGAUGAAGAGCCGGAUCCACAGCUUCGGGCUGAAGCUGCUCUCGCGGGUGCGGCCGUCGGAGGUGCUCUUGAAGUCCGUGACCAAGGAUGUAAGCGCGGUCGAGAUCGUGCAUCCGGCGAGCAUAAAUUCUCGUCUUGUGCGUCGGCGGUUGCGGCAUAUUGCUAUUAGGGGUGCUUCAGUUCACAAGAAAUUUCUUUAUGGCUCAGUCUGUUUGCUUCCGGUUACUAGUUUUUUCAUGGUACUGCCUUUACCAAAUAUACCAUUCUUUUGGGUGUUGUUUCGUGCUUAUUCGCAUUGGAGAGCUCUACAGGGAAGUGAGAGGCUCCAGUUGCUACUUUCUGACUGCUCAGAUCAAUGGAAAGUUCAUGAGAAGGAGAUUGGUUCAGCAAAGGAUGGUAACCCUAGUGAAAAUGCACGGUACCCUUGGAAGUUCCGGCCAUCCAAAAGGCUUGAUGGAUUCCUUGAGAGGAGAAACUUGGAUGAAGGUUUGGACUGUGAUACCAUUUCAAGGAUCUGCAAGGAGUAUGAUUUGGACAAGAUUGAUGUUCUCAAGUACAGGGAUCUGCGUUAACCACAUUCAGAUCUCUGCUCUGAAGUUCUUUCCAUUGCCCACUGAUCGUACUGUAAAAUUCUUCUAGCGCGGCCAAGCUUAAGGAUACAGGAGUUGCACUAGACCACUAGCAAUUGGUGAUCCAGUGCGGACAUUUUUUUAAACAGCUUCAAUUUUUCUCGUUAUGCUUCGCAUCAGUCCACUACUAGGAACAAAGAGGACACACCAAAGUGUAGGAACCCAGGGUGGUUUGUUAUGUUGAACCCAUCGUGUAAAUAGCAGUUGACAUUUUGCUAGCUGCCUAGCUCUUCCACUUGAACACCUGCCUACGAACUGUGAACAAAAGGAAGCUGAGAGAGUAGGGUUGAGCUCGACCAUUCUUACGUGGCUUGCAUUUUGUUUAUGGUUUAGAAUCUUUGGGUGUAUCUGAAUCUUAAAUUGGGAUCCAAUGCUGAAUCUUCUCAUUUCGAAGUACUUACAAAGUUUCAUCUUUCUGA